AUGGCUGACUACCGUCAAUCCCCCGAAUUCCCCAAGCACCCCUUCCUCCUCUCCGCCGAGGAGACGGCCGAGGUCCUCCGGACGGAUACAGUGUCUGGCCUCAACAGCUCGCGAGUCACCCAGCUGCAGAGUAUCUACCCCAAGAACGAGCUGCAGGCCGCCCACGUCACCUCGCCAUGGAAGAUCCUGGCCAAGAUGUUCUUCAACCCCAUGAUUCUGAUUCUCGUCUUCUCCAUGUGCCUCAGCUACUGCAUCAAGGACUACGUCGAGGGAAGUAUCCUGGCCGUCGUCAUCAUCCUGAACGUCGGCAUUGCAUUCUGGCAGGACUACCGCGCUCAUAGGCAGAUGGAUUCCUUGCGUGCUUUAUCGUCGCCCAGCGCCAUGGUCCUACGAGAUGGCAGAACUAGAAUCAUUUCAAAUCCUGAAGUUGUCCCCGGUGACAUUGUCCUUCUCAAGACGGGCGACACAGUGCCCGCUGACCUGCGAAUCUUCGAGUCCAUGAACCUCUCGUGCGAGGAGAGCCAGCUGACGGGUGAGUCGGUGCCAGUCGACAAGUUCGCGCAUGAUAUACCUCCGACGGGAGACGAGGCGGACACGAGCAUCGGCGAUCGUUUCAACAUGGUCUACGCCACCACCGUCGUCAAGACGGGUCGCGGCCAAGGCAUAGUCACCCAUACCGGCAUGAGCACCGAGGUCGGCAAGGUUGCCUCCACGACGAACCGCCGACACCGCAAGGCCGGCCGAUCCGUGAGCUAUAGAAAGUACGGCAAGCGACAAUUUGUCAUGGGGCUGGGCAGGCGCCUGUACGAUGCGACGGGCGUGUUCCUCGGUCUCACGGGCGGGACGCCCCUCCAACGCAGGCUGUCCAUCCUCGCGUACCUCCUGUUCCUGCUCUCGUUGAUCCUGGCCACCAUCGUCUUCGCCGUCAACAGCUGGAGCCUGGACAGCGACGUGGUCAUCUACGCCAUCUCCAUCGGCAUCGCCAUCAUCCCCGAGUCGCUCGUCGCCGUCCUCACGAUCACCAUGGUCGUCGCCGUCACCGUCAUGCGCCGGUCCAACGUCGUGGUCCGCGACAUGUCGGCCCUCGAGGCGCUCGGCAACAUCACAAACAUCUGCUCCGACAAGACCGGCACCCUCACCGAGGGCGCCAUGAUCGUCCGCAACGUCUGGCUGCCCGGCGGCCACGAGUACACCGUCCACGAGUCGCAGGACCCGCAGGACCCGACGCAGGGUCACGUCACGCACGCGCUCGCCGCCGGCGACGCUCUCCCGCCCGCCGCCAACCAUCCGGAGGAGGGCAAGGCCGUGCUUACCGAUCCCCUCCGCCUGUUCACCCAGAGCACAGCCCUCUGCAACCUCGCUACCGUGCGCUACACCGGCGGCCAGGAAGGGUGGAGGACGACCGGGGAGCCGACCGAGAUCGCCCUCCAGGUCUUCUCCCAUCGCUUCGGCCAGGGAAAGAAGAGCCUGAGCGAUCAGGGCUGGCGCCAGGCUGCCGAGUUCCCGUUCGACAGCAACAUCAAGCGCAUGUCUGUCAUCUACGAGGCCCCCCCCGAAGCCGGCGACUACCUGGCCCCGGGCGGCGGCGCAGACGCCGCGGUCGACAGCUACGUCUUCACCAAGGGUGCCGUCGAGAGAGUUCUGGAUCUGUGCGAUUACGUCGGCACGGACCGCUCCCCUCUCCCGAUGACGGACGCGGUCAAGAAGGACGUCCUGGAGCAGAUGAUCAAGUUCGCCUCCAAGGGGCAGCGCGUCCUGGCCGUCGCGUACAAGCCGUGGGCCGGGGCCGUGCCCUCGCCGGGAGCUGCGGGCCGCGGCAACCCCGGUGACGGCGCGCGGCUCAGGGCCCAGGCCGAGCACGGACUCACUCUCCUCGGCCUCGCAGGCAUCUACGACCCUCCCCGCAGGGAAACGAGGCGGUCCAUCGCCGAGUGCGCCAACGCCGGCAUCAGGGUGCACAUGCUGACGGGCGACCACCCGGAGACGGCGGCGGCCAUCGCCAAGGAGGUGGGCAUCAUCCCGACGACUGCGGGUCUGCUCCCCGACAGGGUGGAGCGGUCGCUGGUGCAGAAGGCGUCCAGCUUUGACGGCAUGACGGAUGCCGAGAUGGACGCGCUCGAGGAGCUCCCGCUCGUGAUCGCGCGGUGCGCCCCCGAGACCAAGACGCGCAUGAUGGACGCGCUCGCCCGGCGCGACGCCUUCACGGCCAUGACGGGCGACGGCGUCAACGACGCGCCCUCGCUGUCCCGAGCCGACGUGGGCAUCGCCAUGGGCUCCGGGUCCGACGUGGCCAAGUCGGCGUCCGAGAUGGUGCUGUCGGACGACAGGUUCAGCUCGAUCGUGUCUGCGGUGCGCGAGGGCAGGCGCAUGUUUGACAACAUCCAGAAGUUCGUGCUGCACAUGCUCGUGUCCAACAUUGCCGAGAUCAUCCUGCUCAUGGGCGGGCUGCGCUUCAUCGACUCGGACGGCAUGUCCGUCUUCCCCAUCUCGCCGCUGCACAUCAUCUGGGUCAACAUGGCGACGUCGCUGUUCCCCACCUUCGGCCUGGGCCGCGAGCCGGCCUGCCCCGAGGUGAUGGGCCGCGGGCCCCGGUGCCGGAAGCGCGGCCUCUUCACCGACGAGCUCCUGGCCGACAUGCUCCUGUACGGCGCGGUCAUGGGCUCCUGCAGCCUGGCCACGUUCUGGAUCACGCUGUACAUGCCGUACUGGCGGAGCGGCGUCCCGGACCGGACGCCGACGGACCCGCUAGGUCACGACUGCAACGAGUCGUGGAACGAGACCUGCCACGCCGUCUUCCGCGCCCGCGCCGCCACCUUUGCCGUCUUCGCCCUCCUCAUCCUCCUGUCGGCCUGGGAGUUCAAGAGCCCGAAGCGGUCCCUCUUCAGCCUCAGCGCCGACCGGCCCUCGUGGAAGGACCUGUACGCCAACAGGUUCCUCUUCUGGUCCGUCUCCGUGAGCUCCGUCAGCAUCGUCCCCGUCGUCUACAUCCCCCACGUCAACCUCGCCUUCUUCAAGCACCGCGCCAUCUCGUGGGAGUGGGGCGUCGUCGCCGCCUUCCUCCUCCUCUACCUCACCUGCGUCGAGAUGUGGAAGCUCGUCAAGCGUCACUUUGGCCUGUUCCCCGACCGUCCCGUCCACCACGCCUCCUGGGAUCAAGGCAGCUCAUCUGUCUGCUGCGUCGACGGCAACGGCAACGGCAACGGCAACGGCAAAAUCAGCCAUGACGGCGAACUCGUCAACGUCGACAUGGACCAUAGCAGCUUCCGCACCUGGACCGUGCUCCCUCGUCGCCUCAAGCCCGCUGUCUAUCCCACCACAGCUUCCUCGUCGAGCAGUGCUACCUUUUCUUCACCUCAAUGGAGGAGCUGA